GCCGGGGGCGGCGGCGGCGGCGGCGGCGGCGGCGCGGGGAGGCGGCGGCCUGGCUCGGCCUGGCCUGGCCUGUCAGGGCGCGGGCGGCGGCGGCGGCGGCGGCGGCUCCGGCACCAUGUCCCUGCAGUACGGGGCGGAGGAGCCGCCUCUCGCCGGCAGUUACGGCGCGGCCGAUUCGUUCCCCAAGGACUUCGGCUACGGCGUGGAAGAGGAGGAAGAGGAGGCGGCGGCGGCGGGCGCGGGGGUCGGGGCGGGGGCCGGCGGCGGCUGUGGGCCGGGCGGCGCUGACAGCUCCAAGCCCAGGAUUCUGCUCAUGGGGCUCCGGCGCAGCGGCAAGUCGUCCAUCCAGAAGGUGGUGUUUCAUAAAAUGUCACCCAACGAGACCCUAUUUUUGGAAAGCACCAACAAGAUUUAUAAAGAUGACAUUUCCAAUAGUUCCUUUGUGAAUUUCCAAAUCUGGGAUUUCCCUGGGCAGAUGGACUUUUUUGACCCAACUUUUGACUAUGAGAUGAUCUUCAGAGGAACUGGAGCAUUGAUAUAUGUCAUUGAUGCGCAGGAUGACUACAUGGAAGCUUUAACAAGACUUCACAUUACUGUUUCGAAAGCCUACAAAGUUAACCCAGACAUGAAUUUUGAGGUUUUUAUUCACAAAGUUGAUGGUCUAUCUGAUGAUCACAAAAUAGAAACACAGAGAGACAUCCAUCAAAGGGCCAAUGAUGACCUUGCAGACGCCGGGCUAGAAAAACUCCACCUUAGCUUUUAUUUGACUAGUAUCUAUGACCAUUCAAUAUUUGAAGCCUUUAGUAAGGUGGUACAGAAACUCAUCCCUCAACUACCAACCUUGGAAAAUUUAUUAAAUAUCUUUAUAUCGAAUUCAGGUAUUGAAAAAGCAUUUCUCUUUGAUGUUGUCAGCAAAAUCUACAUUGCAACAGAUAGUUCUCCUGUGGAUAUGCAGUCUUAUGAACUUUGCUGUGACAUGAUUGAUGUUGUAAUUGAUGUGUCUUGUAUAUAUGGGUUAAAGGAAGAUGGAAGUGGAAGUGCCUAUGACAAAGAAUCUAUGGCAAUUAUCAAGCUGAAUAACACAACUGUCCUUUAUUUGAAGGAAGUGACUAAAUUUUUGGCACUGGUUUGCAUACUUAGGGAAGAAAGUUUUGAACGAAAAGGUUUAAUAGACUACAACUUCCACUGUUUCAGGAAAGCUAUUCAUGAGGUUUUUGAGGUGGGCGUGACUUCUCACAGGAGCUGUGGUCAUCAGACCAGUGCCCCCAGCCUGAAAGCAUUGACACACAACGGCACGCCGAGAAACGCCAUGUAGCAUGAAUUCAGUGGCUGGGGCUCUGUGCCAGCUAACUCUUCACUCCAGGGUCAGAUAGCAUGUGCUACAGGACAUGGGAGUUGCCGCUUGUGGGAGUCCGGUGCCUGUCCCACUAGGAACAAGGGAUCGAAUUUCUUACUUGGACGAAAACCCCUGUGGUGUGCAACUGAAGCUAUCUCUUCUUCAAAAAACAAAA